AAUGCCCUUUUUGCCAAUCCAACCGUUACAAAUAGACACUCUUCUUCUUCUUCUUAGAUCCUCUGCAAGGCCAAGGGUGCAAGCCAUGACGGUCGCGGCUGCCGCCACUGCACAUUCCAAGAAGCUCAUGAAGCUUACGCUCUCUCUCUUCGGAAAUGGCUUCAACUCCUCCAAAUGCAAAACGGCUGCCAAAAUGGCGGUUGCAAGGAUAAAGCUACUCAGGAACAAGAGACAAGUAGUGGUGAAACAAAUGAGGCGUGACAUCGCCUUGCUUCUUCAGUCUGGUCAAGAUGCCACCGCCCGCAUUCGAGUUGAACAUGUCAUGAGAGAACAAAAUGUUUUGGCUGCAAAUGAGUUCAUUGAGCUCUUUUGUGAGUUAGUGGUAGCCAGGCUUUCCAUCAUCAAGAAGCGUAGGGAAUGCCCUGCUGAUCUGAAAGAAGGAAUUGCUAGUUUGAUAUUUGCGGCCCCAAGAUGUGCUGAGAUUCCAGAGCUAAUAGAAAUUAGAAACAUUUUUGAGAAGAAAUACGGAAGAGAUUUUGUAGCUGCUGCCACUGAUCUGCGGCCCAACUGCGGUGUUAAUCGCUUGCUGAUUGACAAGCUCUCAGUUAAAACUCCUACAGGUGAAACAAAAUUGAAAGUCAUGAAGGAAAUAGCUAAGGAUCACAACAUAGAAUGGGAUACAACUGAAUCAGAAAAGGAGCUGCUCAAGCCUCCUGAAGAGCUUAUUGAGGGGCCACGUAAAUUCGUUAGUGCAACCAGCUUACCUGUGAAACCUGCUACAAAUCAUUGUCCCGAACCAAAAGAGUCUAUGACCAGAGGAGAAGAGGGCCAUAAUCGUUUUAAAGACACGGUUGCAGCUGCUGAAGCAGCAGAAGAAUCUGCAAAAAAAGCAAUUGCUGCUGCACAAGCUGCUGCAUAUUUGGCCAACCGAGAGAGUAAUCUAUUUAGUGAAGCAUCUGGUUGUGUAGGCAACGCUGCUCGAGGAUCUGUUCCAACUUCUGCUCCUGGAGCUAGGAGAAUGUAUGAAUCUCGGAGUUUUGGGACGUUCUACCCUCCAAGUACUGAGGAUGUAAGACCCGGCAACAAUGGAGGUGGAAAGACCUGUAGGAGACACAGCUACAAUCAUGCCCCUGCUGCACAUUCAGAUAUAAAGUUUGAUGAAUCAGAUUGUGAUGAAGAAAUAGAAAUUGAAGAUUAUCCUGUUGGCAGCACUGAUCUGCCACCACCAGUACCUUCUCUUGAGAAACAGGAUUCUUCUAUUCACCGUGUACACCCAAAAUUGCCGGAUUAUGAUGACCUUGCAGCUCGUUUUGAAGCUCUCAAGUAUCGCAAAUCACUACCAUGAAAAUCAGAUGCUUGUAACCAAUUUUAUUGAGAUUCAGAUAUUAUUAUACAAUUUUAUGAAUGCAUUUGUUCUGUAUGUACUGUCCUUGAGAAAGGAAAUAGAAGAUGUAAUAAUCAUAUAUAGUUGAUGUCAA